AUGACUAACCCCAUUCACCAACUGACCCUGAUACAGGACAGUAUACUGAUGAAACACCUCAUGCCGAUUGUGCUGAUGAGGAACCCAAACCAACUGGAUGGAUCCACAGCACAGGCUACACUGACACAACCAGUGGUCCGUAUGGCCGAGCUGACUGUCCAGCUGAUUCGCGAUUUGAUCCAGGAGAAACCAGAAGCAUCGCAGAGUGCCUUCAUUCUGGCUCAGCAUGUGACUGUGGGUGUAGUGGACAAAAUGGAAUAUCGGAGCAAGACAGCGGACUCCUUGGUGUCUAUCAUAUCACUCUUUCCAGAGUACUGCUACGAAGUCAUGUCCGAGUGGCUAUUCAGUAAACUACACAGCUCGAAGCAAAAUGAAAGACUGUUUGUGCUGGAAGUUCUCGAAAAACUACUCAACUUCAGCUCAAGUACUGGUACUGAAAAUAGAAUGAACCUGGACCAUGAACAGUUAGUCGGAUCUAUACUUGACCGAUGUUCAGACAAAGUACCUUCGAUCAGAGCCAAAGCGUUCAGUUGUAUCUCGACCAUGUGUAAACUGAGAAGCGAAGCAAUUUCAACUGUUCUCAAGACCAAACUAAGAUCUAUGCUCCGCGAUGGUUCAGAAAAUCAGGGAAAUGAGGAGCCCUAUAACAGCGCUUUGACGAUGCCGCCGGAUUUGGACCCGAACUUGCACGAUAGUGGCGCUAUCACGCUUGGCGAGAAUGAAUCGUGUUUCGAACUUAUCUUUUUGCCGAGUUGUCGUGACGAGAAGUGCAAUGUACGUAAAGCGGCACUUCAAGCUUUCGUAGACGUAGUAGUGUGUUUAUUAUCGACAAGCUCAGCUAAACAGUUGAUCAUCGCUGCACUAAAUGAGGCCUCGACGGAUGCUACGUUGGUAAUUAGGAAGCAGGCAAUUGAAAGUAGCACGAAACUGUUGCAUGAGUUCGCUUUGGAGCAUCAGUUCAAAGAAGCGUGGCUGGUCAAUGUUAUGCCGCUGUUCUCUGACCCCGAGAAGGCAGUAGUAGAGCGAGCCAUUUCGGUAUUCGAAGUGACAGUCCUCACUCCUCUCAGUCGUAUGGAGUCCUCUGAUGAUCUCACUUGUUCCUCGGAAGUCCUCAUGGCCUGGAGUCUCCUCGAUAUCCUGACCCUAUCUGACAACUACAUGUACUUCUUCCGACUGGGUGCGGCUGAAUUAUGCGGGCAAGUUCUACAACAGAGUGUGGAAAAAUUGGUGGACUGUGUUAGAGCAAAGAGACACGAGGUGUCGUGUUGGAUGCUACUAUCUCGAAUCAUGAAGACAGAGGAGUGGAAAAUAAUUGCCAAUGAGGCGUUGAAAGAAGUGACGAGCAACCUAACGAUGGACAACUCAAUCGUUGAGCAGAAUGACAGAUUCAGACUGUCUUUCAUCAUGGACAUCCUCUGCUUCUCAUCCCCGAAGUCAAUCCCGAAAGCAGACAUGAGCAGUGCAGUGAAUUCUCUGUUGGCUGUGGCGGGAAAAGUGUCACUACCAUUGCACUGCGCAACAGAUAUUUUGGGCGCUGUGAGUGUGAUCACGGAAAAAUAUGAGUUACAAGAAGUGUUGCAGAAUUACGCCAUUUUUACAGCAGAGGGAACAAAAGAAGCAAUAAAAACCUAUGACCCCUCCGUGUAUCUAAUGGACGAACCAGCAUUCGACAACGAGAGCUUCAUGCGCAAACUGUUCAUAGUCGGCCAACUGACCUUCUGCAAUCUGCAAGAGUGUUCAAAUGCUCUUUCGUCCCUGAAGUCUUGCUUCAAACCACUUCUGAAGAUGAUGCAAAGUUUAUUAAGUAUUCGGAAGCAAAAUGCUGAGAAUCCGGAGCUGGAUGAUGAACAUAUGGCGUCUGUUCAGGCGGUGGGCGUGAUCGCCAUUGGAAACAUGUGUCUAAUCUUCGAAGAGUUCAAUAAACAAGGAGCCGAUUUGUUGGGAGAUCUGAUCGCCCCUUCUACACAUGACGACUACCGAGAAAAUUACUGCUCUCUGAAAGUAGCCAACAACGUUAUAAUAGUUCUCUGUGACCUAUGCAAGCGAUACACGCAUACAGUGGAGAGGUUCCUGCCCCGAAUAUACAGAUAUCUAGCAUGUCCAGAUUCAUUCCUGAGAUACCAGACACUAGCUGUGGUGUUUGAAUUGCUCCAGAACGAGUACAUAAAGAUACGCGACAGUCUUUUUUUCAGAAUGCUGACUUUGUACGUGGAUGAGACGGAGAAAGUGGCAAGACUGGCCGAAUACUGUCUAGAUCACAUGGCCACCAGACACCGCUCCCUCUUCUUCACCCACUUGCCAGAGACGCUCUUCUUCCUCAACGAACACCACACUCAUCCCAAGUACAACCAGUUCCCCAAGGAAGGACUGGUUCGCUCGGGGCUCGGUGAAACUCCAGAAGGAAAUGAGGAGAUCCAACCGGAAAUGGAAAUUCCUGUAGCGGUGUCAGCUCAUCAGAACAAGCGGCUCCUCGUCUACCAAUUCCUAGCACAGCACCUCAGCGAACAGCAGAAGUUUCAGCUAAAAGUGCGGCUGAUGACAGAAGUGGUCGGAUGUUACGUGAAGAGUUCUGGGCCGGUUGAGCCAACUUUCGAGAAUAUUCUAUCGGAUGUUCUGAAGCUAUUCACGUUGAAGGCGAUGAAAACAGCAUCAGGUUCACGGGAGAACACCGACCCUGAUAACAACUCAGUUGAACCUAAAAGUAAUUCCGGGCAAUCUGUUACUGAAACUUCAUCGACCACGAGUUCAGCUAAAUUCACAGAGAUGGUGCGAGAUGUAACAGUGGAGCAGUUUUUACCAGUGAUGCUGAGUUUGCGUGAAAAACUGAAGCAAGAGCAAAAAGAAAAACUUCUUGUGGAUGUUUUGACUUGCUUGGGCGAUAUGAUUAAAGACUACAAAAAUGAUCUGGGUAGAAUUUUGGACAGAGAAGAAACAAAAUCAGUAGAAACAGAGAUUAAACAAAGUCAAUAUGUACCGAUACGUCAAUACAAGAGACUUAAUUUAACGUCGACAUUCGAUUACUCUCUAGCGUCUAACUUGACCGGCGUUGGCUUUGAAAGUUCAUUCUUUGGCGCUUCUUCAGUUAGCGGCUCAACCAGUGGUCUAUAUCGCCGACCAUCGAGUGUUUUCAGCCGAACAAGCUCGGGCGAAAUUUCCAUAUCGUACCGACAACGCGAGUCGCUAACUUGUGCGUCGCCAGUAGUUGAAAAGGAAGCUGCAAUUACGAACAUGAAGCUGUUGACGCCGAUUGAGGAAGCAAGUCGAGAGGGCUCGAAUAGCCAAAGUCAAAAUAUCCUAAGCCAAAAUAUCUUGAGCCAGAAUGUGCUUAGUCAGCCAAUUAAUAAUGAGAAUGCUGUCACAUCUACGCCUUUUAAGGCUGGAAGAUCAACCGACAAUCCGUAUUAAUUGAGGGUUGCCUGAGAAAACAUACGAUUAUUGCUUAAUGUCUCGAAAAAUAGGCCAUAUCACGAUUUAAGUUGUUAUUACUUAAA